UAGCAGCACAAUCUAUUCGAAUUUUUUCGCCGCUCGGAAAAGACGUGAUUUCGUCGACGCGCCAGUUGAGGCUAUUUAUAAAACAUUUUCGGCGCUUGCAAACAAGCCGCAUAUUCAUCUAACAAAAUCUAAAAUAAAUUCAUUAAGUGCGGUAGAACAAGAAUAUUAUUAAGGCCCCGAGCACUUGCAAGAGAAUCUAAUCAUGAGCGAUGAUACGUACCAGAUAGAGACGCGUCGGCGGUCGCGUUCCAAGACCCCCUUUUUGAGAUCGGCCGAUCACGCUGGAGAGGAUGGACAUGUGCACCACCCCAAAAAGAAGUCAGCGGUCCCCAGUGUGCAAACGAUAGUGGAGGAGCACAGAGUGGAGUCGAGCAGCAGCAAGAAAACCCGAGGCAAGGCCUUUGCCCAACUGACCUCGGACUACUCCAGCGACGACAUGACCCCGGAGGCCAAACGCAAGCAGACGUCGACCACCACCACAGUCACCUCGAUCUUCACCAAGCUAUCCGGUGGAGCCACAUCCACGCCGCGCAACAGAAGCCAGCUGGAGACCACACAAAACGCGCUAAACUCCGCCCAGGAGAAGCUCAACCACUCGAACGGCAACCUCAGCUCAGGAAAUGUCAGCGACUACCUGGCCUACAUUGAGUACCGUGAUGCUGGCGAGUACUGGAACAAAACCCCUAAAACGGACUACACCUACUCCGAACUGUCCCCCCACCGCCGCCAGCUGGCACCGGGCAUUGUGGCCAUGCCCAACAUGUCCAGGCGCAGCCUAGAAAACCACAACGAUCGUGUCAACUACAUGGUUAAGCAGAACCCCGCCCAGGAGGAGUUCAUCCGCCGCCGCUACCAGUCCAAUUACGCCCGGCAGACCAACUACGACUCCGCAGACGAACUGGACGCCACCUUUGGGCAGAAGCAGAACCAGAGCUGGUGGCUCGUCCGCCUAAUCCAGCUGGUCGUUAGCAGCAUCACCACAGUGUGGACUCGAGUGACCAAUCUCUCAGCCACUGAGACAAAUGCCUACCAAAACUACUAUGCUAGGCGCCAACAGAGUCAACAAGUUGGAUUCCUGGGAAAAGUUGCCCAGUCUAUCGGAGGAGGUUUCACGAGUUUGCUGCGCUACUUGUACAUCUUCAUUGGAUCGGUGCUGAGUUUGGACACGUGGUUGCUGCGUUCUUCGGUUGCGGAAAACAAAUCGAAAAAGCGGUUCUUCAUAUUUUUGCUGAUUCUGCUGCCCUUGCUGCUGUUGACUGGAUGGUCGCUGUUGCAGGAGGAUCAACGUAUUGAGUACGUUCAGCGUGCCGAAGCGCUGUUGCCGCUGCCGUUGACCCUUUUCGGGUCCCUGCAAAGCCGUUUGUCCAAUGCUGGAGCCUCCUUGAAGAGUUGGCUGCAGGUGCCCAUCGUUAGAAGUCCCCAGGAGGAAGCCGAGGCCAUCAAAAUCAACAUGGCCAGCAUCGAGAAGAACAUACAGAAGGCCUUGACUGCGGAGGAGUACGAGAAUAUCUUAAACCAUGUCAACAGCUAUGUGCAACAGUUGGUGGAGCUGAAAAUGCAGCAGCAAUCAAAGGAUCUGCCCCCGCAGCAGGUGCAACUCAUUGUUCAGCUGAUGAAGGAGAACCUGCAGCAGUUCGCCGAGAAAACACAGCUAACCGAGAAGGAUUUGGCUGAUCUGGCCAUAAAACUGAAACUGGAGCUGCAACAAUCUGGCGACUGGCAGGAUGGAGCGAAGCUAUCGCAAGCCAACAUAGAGGAGAUCACAAGGCUUAUUAAGUCAGAGGUCCACCUGCACGAAUCUAACUACACAAUUCAAUUGGAAAAGAUUGACUUUGCGGCGCUGCUGGAUCGCAUCUUGCUGGCUCCCGAGUUGGCCGAUUUUGUAGAUGCUCGCAUUAGUCUCAAGGUGCAGCAGCUAGAGCCGAAGGAGAGUUCUGGUUCCCCUCCCACAGAAAUCGAAAUUGAUCGCCUAAACAGGGAGAUUGCAUUCAUUAAGCUGGCCCUUUCUGAUAAGCAGGCGGAGAACGCCGACCUGCACCAGUCAAUCAGCAACCUGAAGCUUGGUCAGGAGGAUCUGCUGGAACGCAUGCAGCAGCACGAACUGGCCCAGGAUCAGCGCUUCAGCGGGCUUCUGGCCGAAAUCGAGUCCAAACUUUCUGCCCUCAACGACUCGCAGUUCGCUCUUCUCAACAAGCAGAUCAAACUUUCCCUGGUCGAAAUUCUUGGUUUCAAACAAUCCACCGCUGGCGGUGCCGCUGGUCAACUGGAUGAUGCCGAUCUGCAGAACUGGGUGCGCAGCAUGUUCGUGGCCAAGGACUACCUGGAGCAGCAGCUGUUGGAGCUGAACAAGCGCACCAACAACAACAUCCGCGACGAGAUCGAGCGUUCCAGUAUCCUGCUGAUGAGCGACAUCAGCGAGAGGAUCAAGCGGGAGAUUCUGCUGGUCGUGGAGGCGAAACACAACGAGAGUGCCAAAGCGCUGAAGGGCCAUAUCCGCGAGGAGGAAGUGCGCCAGAUAGUCAAGACAGUGCUGGCUAUUUACGAUGCUGACAAGACGGGUCUGGUGGACUUUGCCCUGGAGUCGGCGGGCGGCCAAAUCCUCUCGACGCGUUGCACCGAGAGCUAUCAGACCAAAUCAGCUCAGAUAUCGGUGUUUGGCAUUCCACUCUGGUACCCCACCAACACACCGCGGGUGGCCAUCUCACCCAAUGUGCAGCCGGGAGAGUGCUGGGCAUUCCAGGGUUUUCCCGGAUUCCUAGUGCUGAAGCUCAACUCGUUGGUGUACGUCACUGGAUUCACCCUCGAGCACAUACCCAAGAGCUUGUCUCCGACAGGAAGGAUAGACUCCGCUCCUCGCAACUUCACCGUCUGGGGGUUGGAGCAAGAGAAGGACCAGGAACCUGUGCUGUUCGGCGAGUACCAGUUCGAGGACAAUGGCGCCUCCCUCCAGUACUUCGCCGUUCAGAACCUGGACAUCAAACGGCCGUACGAGAUCGUCGAAUUGCGCAUCGAGACGAACCAUGGCCAACCCACCUAUACAUGCCUCUACCGGUUUCGAGUGCACGGCAAACCCCCAGCCACAUAGAUCUAACCGAGUCCCUCUCUAUAUAGUUACCUAAGUACUGUCAGGUGUACAUAAUGUCUGUGCCUUAAAAAGGAAACUCAACAAUUUAUUAUCGCGAGAUGUGGAUCAACUGAGCCCAGCCGCCUUUAACUUAUGCAAACUAUGUGAAGAGUAAGGCUAUAGCUUUUAAGUGUUUUGUAUCAUAUCGUAGGAUUGAAGUGUUUAUACCCAAGUAAGGUUAACUUGUACAUACCUAAAUAAGUAAGUCGGGGCUCGAGUCCAGUGUCCAAGGAAAGUCCUAUAAUAUUUAUUCACACUUAGUUUGUCCCUCUGAAAUCAAUCAUCGUUCCUUUAAGUCUACUCUACUAACAUAUGGAUAUUUUUUACCAUGUUUGCCAUUUAAAAGCGUUUUGAACUAAAUAGUCAUAGUUUGUCUAAGCCGCACACUUGCUGGAAAUCUAUAGUUUAAGUUAUGCCUAAGCCAAAAUGUUUUACAAUGGAAACUUGCACACUUAUAGCAAUAGUGAUUUGAAUUUAUCUAAAAAAACAUCCCCUCUGAAAUAGUGUAAAAUAAAAUUGAAACUCAAUGAACAUCUCAACUAAAACUAUCGAAUGAAACCUGCACAUAUCUCACCCAAUCAAUUUAAUCCAAUCCAAAGUUUUCCGUACUCGUUGUAUACGUUCAAUAUAUGUAUGUCUAAAGAGUGAACCCAAAAAUAGCUAAUAGUAAAAUAUAUACUUUUCUAUUGUUUGUAAGUCUACUUAAUUGGUUUAGUUUGUAUUUACUUCGUUUGUUUAUUAAGUCUUCAUCCCAUUUUUUAAACAAUAAA